UUGUUUGAGGAGGCGGAGCGGCCCGGAGACUCGGGACGUCCUUCUGAAACAGCUCUCAAUCAUUCUCAGAAAACAACUCAGGACCAACUAAGUUAGCAAAGUGUGGCGCGGGCACUUUGCGCAAGAGUUUAGCUUUUAGACACCGCUUGAAGAUAACUAUUUUCAAACUUGGGAUAAGUGAGCAAGCGAGAGAAACGACGCCGAGGUGGGCCAGUUGAUCCAGGGAGAGGGAUUUAUUUUCCUUCUGCAUUCCUGAUGGAGUCGUACAGAGUGUCUGGCAUUCCCAGCAGUGGACCACAGCAGGGCUAUGCUCAGCCAUCCCGGCCUUCCAAGCCACAGAGUAAUGGAGCUGGAACAUAUGGUCUCAGCAUCCGAGUCCAAGGUAUAGAUGGACACCCCUUUGUGGUUCUCAACAACCAGGAUGGGGGUCCUCAAGCCUAUAUGGAUGCCAGGAGUAAUGGCUACAAUGACACAGAGGACUCUUUUAUCAACAGCUAUGAUGAGUAUGAUUUCAGACGUGGCAAAGAGGCUGACUCCAACAGCCCCUUUGUGGAGUACAGGACUCAGAAGAUGUUGCAUUACACAGGUCCCAAAAAUGGUAUCAAAGAAUCCCAAGGAAAGAAACCAACCCCCCUUCUGAACUUUCAGAAGCACCCUGAGAUACUGCAGCCAUAUGAUCCAGAGACCAACUCCCUGAACCUUGAGUCUUUCAACAGCCUUCCUUCAAGGCCUGACACUGAGAGUCAACCCCACAACGCCUCCUCAAGAUCUGCAGCAUCUCACCGUAGGGCAUCAAGCCUGGAUCGGAAAAAAAAUGUUGCACCGCAUGAGAACAGACAACUUGCGUCCCAAAGUGUGAAUGAGGCAGCCUUUCCUAAGGUGAAGCCACAGCUCACUCAGCCUCAGAGCAAGCCACAGUCACAGCUAUCUCAGCCACAGAUCAAACCUCCUCUUACUAACCUGAAUCCACUUCAGCCCAAGCUCACCUCUAAAACUUCUCACCAACCAGUUCCUCAGACCCAGCCUCAGCCCUCCACCGUGUCAAGCUCCAUUAGUCCUAUGAGCAGUGCAAGCUCCAGUCUCGAGCGCACCCGUCGUGAGCCCGAUGUCCUUCCCCUGCACAGGACAGACUCCAGCGGGCCAGUUCUUCAGUCUUCUUCCCGAUCCCGCCACUCCUCCUCAUCUUCCACUUCUAAGACACUGGUAGAUGAACAGAUGGAUGCCCUUUAUGCAGACAGCAUAAACCGUCAUGAGAAUCGUCGCUACAUCCCUUUUAUGCCUGGUUCGGGCAGAGACAUUGACACAGGCUCUAUUCCUGGUGUCGAUGAGCUUAUUGAGAAAUUUGACGGCAAAGAUGGCAAUCCUCAGCGCAGAGGCAGGGCGGGGCGCAGAAACAGGAUCAACCCAGAGGACAGGAAGCGCUCACGCAGUGUGGAUAGUGCGCUUGGCCUGCGAAAUGGCUCUAGCUACACGGAUGAGUUUAGCCGCCAUCGAAGCACAUCUAAGGAGCAUGUCCUCCUUCCCUCACAGCUGAGGCUGCAGAAGGCAGUUGGCACUCAAGACUCCUGGCUCAUAGAUCAAGUUGACUCCAGAUCUCAUGCCACUAGUGCACCCGGCUCACCUCAGGGCACCAUCUCUAAAGGUGCUGGCUUGAUACAGGAUUACAGAAACCCUCAGAAUAGUUCCUCUUCUUUACCAUUUAAGUGGAAAGAGAGUGAGGAAAUUAAAAAAAUUUCAACAUCUUCACUGUCAACAUCGCUGUCCAAGCCAUCUUCCUCCACAAACGAAAAGCCCGGGACAGAGGCGGAAGUUCAGGCGACACCUGAUCUCCUGAAAGGUCAGCAGGAGCUUUCACAACAAACAAAUGAAGAGACAGCAAAACAGAUUUUGUUCAAUUACCUUAAAGAUGGGAGCAACGAUAAUGAUGAGAUGACGAAGAAAAAGGUCAACCUUGUCUUUGAGAAGAUACAGACAUUGAAGUCUCGGGCCACAGCAAGUGCACAAGGCGACAACAAAGCCCAGGAUCUUGCUGCACAGACCAAAGCUCUGCAGGUUCAAAAUGCUGAACUGGAGAAAGAAAUGGCUGAACUGAAGAGACAACUGGAAGAACAAGCCAUGAAAAAUCAGGCUGACAAAAAGACAACAGCUGGUUUGAAGGAGCUGCAGGAGAAGCUGCAGCAGUGCACGGAGGAGUGCAAGCAACUGAAGGAAAAACUUGCCAAAACAGAAGCUGACCUCCAGACCACAGUAGAAGAGCUUUUCCAGGUGAAAAUGGAGAGAGAGCAGCACCAGACAGAGAUCAGAGACCUGCAGGACCAACUGUCAGAGAUGCAUGACGAGCUCGACUCAGCCAAGAAGUCUGCUGCUGAUGGAGAGAAAGACAUCCUCAUGGCGGACAUGAUGCAACUCAAGGUGGAAAUGCAGGAAGUCCUCCUAGCCAAAGAGGAACAGGAAGAGGUGCUAAGGAGGCGAGAAAGGGAGCUAACGGCUCUGAAAGGAGCCCUGAAGGAGGAGGUGGCUGCUCAUGAUCAGGAGCUAGACAAAAUGAAGGACCAGUAUGAGAAGGAAAUAAGCAAGCUGCAGACAUCUUUGGAGGAGGCCAAGCAGAACAGCACCACAGUGGUCAGAGAGAAGGCUGAAAUGGAGGCAGCCAAGGGUGCAGCAGAGGGCCAAGCUGGACGGCUGAGUCAAGAAGUGGAGAGACUGCGCAGGCGGGGACAGGAGCUGGAAAAUGAGGUGGCUAAACUAAACCGAAUUAUUGAUGAGGCCAAGCUGCAAGAGAGCAGGCUGGGGGAUAAAGUUGGUCGACUGGAGAGAGAGAAAAAGCAACUGGAAGAGUCUUUGUCUGAAAUUAAGGAACAAGAAGAGGAGAUGUCACGUGCAAACAGAGCUUUGACCAUCCGGCUUGAGGAUGUGCAGAGGAAUUUCACCAAACUGAGCAAUGAACACAAGGAUUUGGAGGAAAGGUUACAAGAAGAGAGAAAUCAGAAGGAACAGUUAAAGAAUAUGAAGAAUGACAUAGAGGAUGAAAGGAGGCUGCUGGAUCGUACAGUGGAGAAACUUCAGAGGGAGAUGAACGAUAUUGUGGAGGCAUCCCAGUCAUCCACUCGGGAGCUGCAGGAGCAGAUUGAUGUUUAUAAGGAGAAGAACCGUCGGGAGCUGGCGGAACUACAGAAGCUUCUCAAAGAGCGAGGACAGGAGCUGGAGAAGUACCUGCUUACUACCAAAACCCUACAAGAAGAGUUGUUGCGCCGGGAGGAGGAACUGCGACAGUGUAAGAGGGAGCGAGAUGAGGCCUUGGUCAGGGAGAAGACACUGGAGAAAAGAGUUUCUGAUCUUGAAGCAGAGACUGAGAAAAACACCCUGUCUAAAGAGGAAAAAUCCAGACACAUCAGACUCAUGGAGGAAAGGAUUUCUCAGCUGGAGCUGAACCUUGAAGAGGAGCGUCAAAAUGGAGACCAGCUGAUGGACAGGAUAGACCGAGGAAGAGAGCAGGUGGAGCAGAUGAGGAAUGAACUCCUGCAGGAGAGGGCUAGCAAACAGGACCUGGAGUGUGACAAGAUUGCUCUGGAGAGACAGAACAAGGAUCUGAAGGCCAGAAUGAGUCAUCUAGAAGACUCCCAUAAGUCCAACAAAGAGGGCCUGGUACCUCAGCUGGAGGAGCGCAUACAGGAGCUGGAGGAGAGGCUGGAAGCGGAGGAGAGGGAACGGGCUAACCUGCAGCUGGCAAACCGCAGGCUGGAGAGGAAGGUUAAAGAGAUGAUGAUGCAAACUGAGGAAGAACAUCAAUCAGUUCAAGAUCAAAAGGCCCAAUUGAAUCUGCGUUUGAAAGCUCUGAAGAGACAGAUGGAUGAAGCUGAGGAGGAGAUCGACCGACUGGAGCACAGCAAGAAGAAGCUGCAGAGAGACUUGGAUGAGCAGCAGGAGGCCAACGAGCAGCUCCAGAGUCAGCUCAAAGCUCUGCGAAAUGAGAUGAGACGUAAGAACACGCCCGCUUCACUGCUCAAUAAUCUGGAUGACGAUGAAGACGAUGACAUCAGCACUGACGGGGAGACGUACUUCAGCUCAUCUUCGGGGUACAAGCGCUCUUCAAGUCAGGACAACCUCUUAUCGACCUUCUCUUUAUAAACAAACUCCAACGUUGGAAAUAAAGCUUCUUUAUACGCAACACUGUCGCACCAAAUGCCUGGAGAUCCCUGCCACGUUCCCCUCUAGACUCUGAACGAUCCGUGUGAAUAUUAAGAGACUUCCCAGCUAUGUGAGAUAAAGUCCUCACAUCAGCAGCCUCAAUGUCCAUGAGUUCACUCAGUAUUAUUAGAGCAGCUCUUUGAUUAAUUGGUGAAAACAUAAAGGUAAUGCCAUUUUGUCCUGUCUGGGGAAAAUUAAUGUAUAUACUCUUUAAUUUGUUUAUUUUAUAUUUCUGUGUUAAGUCUUAUCUUCCUGCAUUGUUAGUUCUACUCUGAGUGGAUUGUCCUUUAAUGGAUUAUGCAUGUUUGUCAAUGAUUAUUCAUUGAAAACACCCUUUUGAAUGCACUGUAAACCAAUGCGAUCUGUACCGCCUUUGUAACCAAUAUGAAGUUUUUUAUCCCAUCGCUUUUUAUGCCUAUCUGUCACAUUUAUACACAGUAUCCAAAUAUACCUUUUUUUAUCAUCAGGUUGAAUACAGUAUGUUUGCCUUUUUUAAUGAAUGAAAAUCACGAGUAUAUGAAGGAUGUUUUUGUUUUUUUUAAAGUUAUUCGUUGCUGAAAAUACAAAAUCUCUGUUUUUUAAGGGAACAGUAAAUGAGGGACUUUGUACACAUCAUUUUUGUACAGUUUUCUAUCAUUUAAUGACCAGUUUAAAAUUAUAAAUUUGUAAUCAACAUAAAUUUCUUUGUCACUCGUCACACAGGUUUCUUCUGAUAUUAGUGACAUCACAGUGUGGCUCGCUCAUCUUCUGGAAAAGGCUGUUUCAUCUUAACAUAGCCUGUGAUUGCUGAUCCUGAAUCAGACUUUUAGCAUCUCCGAACAAAGCUGCACCUACUAAAACUGUUUUAUACUGGAAACACUUUGAUUUAAUACUGAACAUGUUUACUGUUGAAAUGCAUACAUGUCUGUAUGAACUGUGCCCACUGUGUACAUCAGCAGUGCCUGGAAGGACCACUCAGGUCUUCCUUUAACUGAGCGAGGGAAUUUCUUCAGAUAAAUUGACAAUCAAUGAUUUGCUGCACUGGGAUGAUUUGCACUCUGUGAGAGGGAGAGUGGAUGAGUGAGACAAAUUCCACUCCCACAACCUCUCUCUGUACACAACUGUAUGUCCAUAAAUCCUGCUGAGACUAAAAUAAACUUAAUUUCAGUUA